AUGGAAAUUUCAGACCUUCUUAAAACUCUUGAGAACUUUAAAACAGACCUCGCUAGAAAAAAAAGAAUGCGCACCCUCUCCCGGUCUCCUCUUCGUUCUAAUCCACAUCGCAGUACAUCUCCCCACCAAAAAUCUCAAAAAAUAAUCAAACCGGUUUCCAACGAAAGCAUGCGCAGCAACACCCCUCUUUUUCACUCUUAUGGACCUUCAAAACCCCAAUACAAUAUUCCAGACAUGUGUGCUACUGAAAGGACACAUUAUUCUCAUGUCCCCAGAUCUACCUUAGAGCUUCUUGAAAGAUUUCGAUAUCCUAAAGAAAAAUUGCGGACAUAUAAACUAGAUGCAGCCCAAUUAAUUUUUUCUUGCAUUAAAAGGUUUAUAUGUAAACAUCUGUGAAUAUGAAAAAAAGAAGCCUCCAAAAGGACUGAAUUGAUUCUUAACUCCAAAAGAAUUUCUAGCAGCCGAACAAGUAUUAAUGAAAAACCUGAAGAAAUCAGCUUUAAAGAUACAACUAUGCCAGUAUGGUUUGAUGCUAAUAGUAUUGAUGGGAGAAAAUACCGAAAAGUGUUUUCAGCAAAUGCAAGCUUGAGGGUUUUGCCAGAAAACAAUCAGGAGAUGCCCAGGAAUUUGCAAAAUUAUGGAGAGAAAAAAUCUGUUAUAGCCCGAACUUCCUUUUGGCUUGGACUAUACUGAGGUCUCCCAAUAUCAGAGGGGAGUUGGCUUUAUUGAUAUUUUUGGUAAAACAAAUUCCCCAGAUAGCAAAUUCGAAUUGGUUUUAUCAACAGCAAAACCAAUUUCCCUACUGACGUCAAGAGAUAUCGGAAUAGCCCGAGCCAAAAGGAUGCUCAGGUUAUAUAGAGGUGAGAAAGGUUAAUGAGGCAGAAAUAUCUAGCCCAGUUACAGAAAGAAAAUCAAUCGAUUUAUCACCUAUUUCUAAAGAAUUAAACGUGUUUAAUAGGACAGAAGGCUAUGUCAAAAUUAUAUGAGUUUUAAAUAAAGCAGCAAAAAAAGCAAAGAGGGAUUCUAUAGAAAUCAUAAAAAUUGCUUAUAGGAAAGAUUUAGUCACAAAAACCCUGUUAUGCUACACUGAAAAAAUGUACAAAAAUACCUUAAAAGUAGUAUUCAAAGCUAUGAAAGAGACAAAUUCUAUUAAUUUUCUUACUCCCUUCUGUGAGCAAGCAUAGCCAAUCUAUUUUUGGGGUAAAAAUCCACCCUCCGUGAUAGAAAACAAAAAAAUUAUGAAAAAAUAUUUUACUAUAUAAGUGAAAUUAAUAUAAUGAAAUCUCUAGCUGAUUCGGUUGAGCUUUAAACAGCUUGCAUUUUAAAAUAUAUUUAUUAAUUAUGCGAAUUAAAAUUAUAAAUAAAUUUUAAGAAAAAAAAAUUAACCUUUUGCUUGAUCGAACAAAACUAUUUUUACUGGGAGUUAUGAAAAGUCUUAAAAAAAGCGAAGCAAUACAAACAAGUCUUGAAGAGCAAGAUGGGAAAAAAACCAAAAGAAUCCACAGAAGAAGUAUAGAAGAUUUUUCUUCAGGAGAGCAUAACAGAAGAAGAAUUACAGGGGAAUUCGGGAUGAAAAAUCACCACGAGUCUCCAGAUUUUUCAAUUUCAAAUCACAGUAGGUCAGCUCAUGAAAAUUCCAAAAGAAACCAUGCUUCAAAUUUUUUUUCUUCUUUAGAAGACACAGACCCCAUUCUAGUUCAAGACUAUUUAGAUCAUAGUGAAGAGCACACAGCUAGAACACUCCAACAAUACAUAGACCAACAAACUGAAAGGACCCAAGGAACUGACCAUAAAGAUGUAGUAGAAAGCUUAUAUUAUAAAAAAAAAGAUAGGAAAGCUAUUUUAGACACCCAAGGUUCAAGCAAAAGUUCAUCAUCAAGAGAUCAUAGUCAAAGUAUUAGAAAAGUUGUAGACAAUGAGCAAAAACAGUAUGCAAACACUUCAUCACGAAUUGUGGCUCAGUUUAGCUAUGAAACUUUAGACAAGACUGAGCGCGCUGACUCUAAACGAAGCUCUGCUAAUAGUUCUUUUGCAAAAAGUCUCCCACUUUCACAAAGCCAAAACCACUUAAAGCCACCAUUGCAUGUGCCAAAAGCCCAUAAUGUAAAAGAAAAAGACCCAUCCCGCAGCAAAACUCCUUCGAAACAGUCCUCAGGGAACGCAUCGAGCUAUGAGUCUUUAUUGAUUUCAUCCAGCAAUAAUUCUGAUGGGGAACGAUUAAAAAGCAGCAAAAAGCCAUCACGAGAAAAUUCAGCCAAAAAGAGUCCAUUUAAAAUAUAUCUAAUUAUAUAGAUUUCAAACUGUUGAGUAUUUUCUUAUUUAUUAUAAAAUAGAAUAAAGCUAAACUAAUAAAAAAAAUUCUCUAUAAGCAGGUAUAAGUAGUUUCAAAGAAGACAAUUUAGCACAAACAAUCCAUUUAAGCUAUAAAAAUUCAGACUCUGAAAGCGAUUUGAUUAAAAAAGCUGCCAGCUAUAUUGAUAUAGAAAAAUCAAAGAGACUGAAAAGAAGAGGAUAUGCUGAGUCCGCAGAAAAACGAGGCUUGAAGCUUUUAACAUUUUUUAUUAACCGGAGACUUGUCAAAAAGAGCUUUAUGAUAUACAAAAGGCACACAAUGAAAAUGUUCGUAUUUAAUUUGCUAGACAAGGCAACUAAAAAGCUUUCAAAUAUUUUUUCCAAAAAAUUGUCAAUUUCUUUCAAAAUUAUAUAUAAACAUGCUGCAUUUGUGCAGAGAAUCCGAGAAAAGCUAACAACUCAAGCCAAUAAAUAUCUUUAUAAAAGAUUUAACCAAUGAAAGAUUUCUACAAUCCAAACCCGAUUUGAAGAGAAAUACAAGCAGCAGGCAUGAAAAAGCGAAACCCAUAUAUAUACAUUAAAAACUGAAAGCUAUUUAAAAUCGCUUACUGAUAUAAUUGAAGCCAAGCUGCUUUCUAAAACUCAUGAGUCUUUUUCUCACUUAAAAUCCUGCUACCAGAAAACAAAAGCUUACCAAGUUUCUUUGGCAUUUUUGGGUGCAGGUCCAAUGGCAUUGCCUUUUUGAUAGUGUCCAUUUCACCGAAGUAUUUUUGGCUAAAAAUUGAAACUUUUUGACAGUGAGACAUUUGACCCAAAAAAACUGUAAUUUUUUGACCAAAUGUCACACUUUUAAAAAUUUUCAACCAAAUGCAUUUCGAUGAAAUUUACACUAUCAAAAAUCCACUGUCAUUUGACAACCGGCAUUUUUAUUUAAAACUAUUAAUUCUGCUUAUAAAGCUACAAACCAUAGGAAAAUUUCUGAGUCUUUUCAGACUUUGUCAGCUAUUGCGAAUUUGCAGAAAAAGAAAGCGAAACAAUUAGAAAUUCUGCUGAAAAAUAUAUCAAAAGAUAUAAAUUAUCGACUUUCUGUGUGCUUUACUCAUUGGCAUUCUUCAAUAAAGCAGAAAAACUAUGAUUCCCUCAAAACAAUUGCCCAUGUACAAAUCUUGGAAUCAUUAAUAAGAACUCAAAUAAAAUCUGCUAUGAGCUGUUUUCAUAUUGCGAAUAGAAAAUCGAAACAAUUUGAUUCAGAAAAAUAUAAAAAAGUUUCAAGAUUUGUGAAAGCAAUUUCCAAUUAUUUAUCAAAUGAAAAACAAAAGUCAUUAAUUAUAUGAAAAUGCUACUUAAAGGUCUCCAAAUAUAAACUCAGCUAUGUCAGUUGUGGGCUCAGACAUUUAACAUCUAUUACAUUCAGUAUCAAGAAAAAGCAUUUCAAUAGCUUUUUCAGCAGGGUUCAAAUGUACUUAUCCCCUAGACGGCGACCUAAAACUGGGACAAUGUUUCUUGCCUUAAAAAAUAUAUCUUUUCCUAUAAAUAGCACACUAUACAAAAAUAUAAAAUGACACCAAAAAGCGCGCGAAAGCGCGCAAUUAUCACUAAAUCUAUAUCCAAACUGGGCUUAAUUGCUUGGACAAUUUUUUUAAAUCAAAAAAUGUUUCAAAAUCCGCUUAUUUUCAAAUUUUAAAGCAGGAUUUAAAAAUUUUCAAGUUGCAGAAAAAAGCUUUAAAUAGAGUCUUGAGAACACAAAGAAUCGCAAUGAAGAUGUGGCUGAAGGGUAAACUUGUAGCAUGGAGAAUUAAUCAAAUGAAAUAA